GCCCGAGCCCGAGCGCAGACGGACGGACGGACUGAUCGACGCACGGACGGCUCCACGCGCGCACGCGAGCGCCUUCUCCCCGGGUGUCCACAGUAGGGAAUCCCUACCCAGCUGAAGCCAAGAUGUCUAGCAAGCGGGCCAAGGCUAAGACCACCAAAAAGCGGCCCCAGCGGGCCACAUCCAAUGUCUUCGCCAUGUUUGACCAGUCCCAGAUCCAGGAGUUUAAGGAGGCCUUCAACAUGAUCGAUCAGAACCGCGAUGGCUUCAUCGACAAGGAGGACCUCCACGACAUGCUUGCCUCUCUGGGGAAGAACCCCACGGAUGAGUACCUGGAGGGCAUGAUGAGUGAGGCGCCCGGGCCCAUCAAUUUCACCAUGUUCCUCACCAUGUUCGGAGAGAAGCUCAAUGGCACGGACCCCGAAGACGUGAUCCGCAACGCCUUCGCCUGCUUCGACGAGGAGGCCUCAGGCUACAUCCACGAGGACCACCUGCGGGAGCUACUUACCACCAUGGGCGACCGCUUUACGGAUGAGGAGGUGGACGAGAUGUGCCGUGAGGCGCCCAUUGAUAAGAAAGGCAACUUCGACUACGUGGAGUUCACCCGCAUCCUCAAACACGGCGCCAAGGACAAGGACGACUAGGCCAGCCUGGCCCCCCUGACACCUGGGGCCCUGUCCUGGUCCCUCCACACCACACUCACACUCAACUGUACCAGCUGCGCUGCCACGUCCCAAAAAACCCUCUCAGGUUCCCUCCCCACAAGGGGCUUAGAAUGGGGGCUCUCGGGGCAAGAAACGGGCCGCUGGCUGAGGCCGGGGUACAUAGAGGCUGGCAGCAACAACUCCACCAUGGCUGAACACACUCAUGCAAGGAAGACCAUGCUCUGGGAGGUGAGCCAAGGGCGGGACCAAGAGGCACCAAGGAGAGACCCCUGAAGACAGAUGGCCAGCCUGCUGUGGCUACUAUUCCUGGGCUGCUCCCCAGGAGGAAGGUGUCCAUGUCCAGAUGCCAGACACCACUUCCCAGCACACGCGCACACACACACACACAGAUCCACGCUCACCACAUACCUUGAAAGGACAGUAGACCUUCCCUCUAUGUCCGUCCAGCCACCAGAAUGCACCCAGUCCAUCUGGGGGUGCUCAGGAAGGUACACCAUACAGGGGUGAUUGUCCCAGGGGACAUGGAGUCUCCAAUACAAGGCUGAGCACUAA